AUGGGCUUCAAGAAGAACCUUUUCUGUGCGGGCGCUUUCGCCCUUGGCGCCCUUGCCGCACCCCUGCCUGACUGCCCGGAUCGCGCCCCAGCUACCGGUCCUACAGCCCUGACUGCGGCCACGCUGAUCGCCAUCGCCCCCAAGACCGAAUCCUGCGCAGGUGCGGACUUCCCGGAGGAGUGUGCAGAUGCAUCAAAGGCCGCCACGGCCUUGAACAGUGCAUUCAAGACCUACAAGAUUACCUCAAAAGGAGAACAGGCCGCAAUCGUCGCCUACGAGCUGUUCGAGAGCGGCGAUUUCAAGUACAACAAGAACCACUUCCCCGGUCGCCCUGGCCAGGGUACAAGGAUGAUGGCCAUGCCCAACUACGUCGAGCAGUACGCCACCAGUGUCGCUGGCGCUGAUGCUGUUGCAAAGGCCAAGGCUGCAGGAGGUGACGCCGGUUUGGUAGCCGUGCUUGCCCUUGUCAACAGCGACGAUGCGAAGAGCUUCGGCAGUGCAGCCUGGUUCGUAAGCACCGUGUGCAGUGCUGAAGUACGCGCCGGCCUUGCUGCUGCGACCAAGGACGGCUGGGACAAGUUCUUGAGCGAGUGCGUCGAGACGCCCGCUGACCCUGCACGCGACCCUGCCUGGACUGCUGCCAUUGCCAACAUCAAGUAA